AUGUUCCCUGAGACUGAGGGAUUCCUUGUAGCUAUACAGGAUCAGGUCAUCCCUACCAACAAUUACAAGAGGUGCAUACUUAAGAACUUGCAACAGUCUGAUAAAUGCAGGUACGGCUGUCAGGACUCCGAAACAAUACAGCACGUAACUGGUGGAUGCCAAGCAUUCGCUCCAACGGACUAUAAGGAGCGCCACGACAUAGCUGCCAAAAUCAUUCACCAGGAGUUGGCAUACAAAUUCAAACUGAUCGAAUGCAAGCUACAGUACUACAAAUAUACACCGCAAUGUGUCCUCGAGAACGACAAGUAUAAACUAUACUGGGAUCGCACUGUGCUUACGGACCAAUACAUAAAACAAAACAGACCUGACAUAAUCAUUGUCGACAAGGGCGCCCAGAAAGUAACUCUGAUUGAUGUGGCCAUACCUAAUAGUAACAAUUUAACAUACAAGCAUAAUGAGAAAGUUGCAAAAUACAGGGAGCUAGAAUUUCAAAUUAAACGCCAGUGGAAAAUGAAGUACGUGGAAACAAUACCAAUAAUAAUGUCAUCUACAGGGGUGAUACCAAGAAGGCUGCUAGAAAACAUCAAAGCGCUGGAACUGAGUGAAAACAUUUACAAAAUCAUACAGAAAGGAGUUUUGCUGGCAACUGCCCGCAUAGUAAGAAAAUUUAUGGGAAAUGCAAGUACCUAG